AUGGAAAGCCAAGAAGAGGCCCCACCGAGCUACUAUUCACUGGUCAGUCCUUACCAGAACAUCUACCUAAUCCCAAUAAAUACUCACCAAGCAGCGCAUGCAUAUGCACUUGAUGUCAGUGAUAGAGAAACCGAAAGCGAUGAGAAUAUAACGAAAAUCCCAGUCGGCGAAAGUGUUUUCACAAAUCCAAAAACCACUAAACCAUCCUUGAAAAAUUCCAGAAAAGGCCAGAAAACCCGAAAUACCACGGCCGAAAACGAAUGUAGUGAAGAGGUUAAGACUGGUAAAAUUAGUUGGGUGGAUUUCGCCAAAAGAACAACACUGCACGGAUUCAAAAUAUUCCAUUUCAGAGACCAAGAUGGAAGGCUCUAUAAAAUUCGAAGGGCCAUCUUACUGCUGGCAGUCCUAACCAGUACCUGCCUCUUUCUCUACCACUCCAUUCAGCGCUACCUCUACUACGCCGGGUACCCAACGAACGUUGACGUCAAAGUUAUUUAUAACAACUCUCUGGAAUUCCCCAGUGUCACCAUUUGCAAUCAGAAUCAGUUUCGUUUGUCGUCUGUCGUAAACUCGGACACUUACGAGUUUGUAAUGAAGCACUUGAAGGACACCACAUUAAACAAUGGAAAUGCAAAUAACCUCGCCUUGAUGCAAAAAAUAGUAGACGAAAAUUAUACGAAGUUUGCAUACAACGUGAGUCACCAGAGGGAUGAUUUGAUUCAAAGUUGCACUUGGUCCAGCGAGCCAUGCCAGAUAGAUGAGGACUUCAAAUCGACAUUCACCGACCUGUUCACCCUCUGUUACACGUUCAACUGGAACGCUAGCAACGUUAAGAAAGUCUACCAGCCAGGGGCCAGAUACUCCCUCCAGCUCAUCUUGAAUGUGGAAAACUACGAAUACGUACAAAAACUUCAGGGUGACAUCGGGGUGAAAAUUCUCAUCCACCCGCAAAACGAAAGCCCUCUGAUGAACGAGUUGGGGAAUUCCGUGCCACCGGGGACUCACACCCUCAUCGGAAUAACACCCACAAUCACAGAAAGUCUUCCGAGUCCUCAUGGCUUUUGCAUCAACCAGGCCCUACCGAGAGCCAACUGUAUGGCGAAAGCUAAAUUUAAAAAAUUGGCCGAAAAGUGCGGUUGCAAAGGAUUGGAUGUUCUGGAGUUUGGUAACCUCGAAGAUUCUCUACCCGCGGAAAACGUGAUCAACGAUUUGAUGGAUGAAUGUCUGGUGCCCUGCUAUCGGACCAGCUACGUGGAAGAGGUUUCCUUCGCUAAACUCGCCAAACUCGAUCUUGAGAGGUUCAGGGUCAACAAUCCUGAUAUAUACAAUAGCUUGAGAUCGAAAUUCAAAGUGGCCAAACAAGCGGAGGACAGCGUGAAAGAUUAUGCAGCAAGCACAGAAAAAAUGUUAGCCCUCGAAAUCAUUCAACUAGCCACUAACUAUGAAUCCAAUUUGAAACGCAUGUUCCUCUUCUUUCAGACAGUCGACGAUGGCGACAUCAACAUCUGCAUGAAUCACGACGACGACUGCAUCAACACCGUCAACGACAGUAGCGACAAAAUCUUCAACAACGCCAGCGACAGUAACGACAAAAUCGUCAACAGCCACGCCGACAACUACAAAAACUACACCACUACCGCUGUAACACUUUCCAAAACUUCCAACACAAUUUUUGUGGACUCCCAUCAAUUGAAAAAUCUGACAGAACCUCAAAUUGCCAGCACAUUUCACGAUAUCUUGUUGAAUGGCUUGCAGUUUUGGGACGAUUUCAAACUACUUAACGAUGAAUACAAAAGAAAACUGCAGUUUGUUAUGAGAAACAUUCCGUACCUUCACCAGUUUAAUAAUUUCGUCAAAUUGCUGUGCGCGUUCACCGAAAAGCCCUACCCUGUACAAUUCAAAUUUGUCGACAGUCACAGACCCAAUUACGUGCAGACCUUCUUAUCUGACGACUCGACCGAAUCGGAAUCGAAACCGACAAUCAAGCAGUUGCUAGAGCUGUGCUCCACUAAGGAAAGCAACAUCUCAAAGUUUGAUAUUCAGCCGAAGGACAACAACAACAAUGACGUCAUCGAUGAAAAUGUAAACAGCGAGGAUGCUAGGGAUCGGGAUGUGAAGUAUGGAAGCCGAUCGAAUAUUGGGAAGGCUGAUGGCGACGAUGAAUCGGAAUGGGACGAAUUUUAUUCGUGCGACGAUCAGGAUAUAGAAACGUUUCUCGGCUUAAGGAAGACGCAGCUUAAUAACUCGCUCAAAAUUAAAGACAAAGUGUUAAAAAACGUUGGCGGUAUAAAGCAAGAUCGAAUGGAGGUUGCUCGUGAGGUACUCUCUGGAACGAGUUGGUCGUCCUACUUGAAUAGUGAAGAUGAAAUGAGGUGUCUGGAUGAUUUGUUUUUCUACGCAAGAUGGGAAUUCGUCACCAAUCAGGUUUAUAUCGGCCCGAUAAAUGCAUACCUCCAUCCUUUCUCCAGCUGGACUAACAAAUUGCAGAACUUCAACUCCAUCAGUUACUUUCUUCUCAGGUUGGAGACUGAUAACUCCAGUCUCUACAACAGACACAAUUUUGAAGAAUGUCGCUGGCCUUUUCUAGACUCCCAAACUCCAACGAAGAAACAGAAAGAAAUUCCUCUAGAUAAACAUUACGCUAUGUUUGAAGCUUACAUGAAAGCCUCAGAAAGUUCCAUCCUCGAAUUGGAUGCGGCUAAAACAUUGGGACAAUUUUCAUUAAAAAUCAACGAAACUAUAAAAGGUUUUAAGAAACAUUACGCUGUUAUAUAUGAAAAAAUUGAGAAAUUCCUAGUGGCGAACAUGACUAAGAAGAUGUUUUCCAACUUUCUCACACUCCCUGAAAACGGGUCGAUUGGAUUGUUGGAAUCCAUGCAAGAAGAUUAUAUGAAUUUCGUCGGAGAUUUUGAUCAGCUUUACCAAAAGACCUUAAAUCUUCACAAUAACAUGAAUCAAACCUACUACCAUCUGAUAAAUAUCGCUGUGCCAGUUCUUAGCGAUGCAAUCUUGGACCAAAUGUAUCUACUCAACUAUACAAGGUUUCUCGCUGGCUCAAAUAGAACCGGAUUCGCCAGUAGCUCACUAAAGAAAACUUUGGAAGAUUUAUUGAAAAAGUUGAAAAAGAAUCGUGAACAAAAUACAAUGAAUUUAUUGAAUGCCCUAUACGAUGACUACAAAAAAACCACAUUUGCCCACUUUAUGAACGUUGACGAGAGUUUCAAAAAGUUCAUGAAAGCCGUUGAGGAGUUGAAACAAACUUUUCUCACCACUUCCGUUGAUCAUGAUCUGGAUGAGAAUUUUUUCAGAGAUAAUAUGAUAAAGAUAGACGUGUACUUCAAGGAAAUAAAGUACAAGAAGAUUCAGCAGAAACCAGCACUUACUGGCUUGGUGCUGUUCAGCGAGGUCGGCUCAGUGAUGAAUCUUCUGCUGGGAACUAGCAUUCUGACAUUCUGCGAGUUAUUCGAUUUCAUAUUUUCAUUUUUGAAGAGAAAAGUUACAAAAAAGUGGCACAAAAAUUAG